GGAAUAAAUUAUACUUAAGUGUUCAGAUCCUUUUAUUAAGACCAUUUCCAUCAUAAUAUGUAUUAUCUAUCCAAGCAAUACAACAGUAUCAAUAUGUGGUCAGAUUUGCAUUGUUAUGAUUGCCAGUGGAUGGUUUCAAUUUGGUCUUGGGAUAGUUAUUAUUAAUCGCAGAGUAGAUCAAGAAAUGCUUGUUAAAAAUGAAAUGAAAAUAAGUUUUUUAAGUUAUAGUACUGAAGCAGACAUAAAAAGAAGAUGGAAUGAAUUUCAGUUUGAAUUUUCAUGCUGUGGUUUGUACGGUGCUAACAGUUAUAAAGCAAUAAGUAUACAAUUACCACAUUCGUGUUUUAACCAUGGAUGUAAUAAAGACAAUUUCAUGUUUGAUGGAUUAGCUCAUUCUGGUUGUUUUAAUGUUGUAAAAAAACUUGAAGCUAAGUUGUUGGAUCCUGUUAUUAUACUUACACUGUUUUGUUCUGUACUACAAAUUUCAAAUGCUUUUUUAGCGUUAAACUUAUUAAGGUCAAAGCCUAAAGCAAGAAGAUAUCACAUGACAAUUAAAAAUUGAAAUUUCCGUAAACUAUCCAACAUUUCUCACAAUCGUAUUGAAUGAGAAGAAUUAUUGAGAAAUCAAAAGAUUUAAUUUAUUUUUUAAA